CCGAGGGCGGGGCUCAGAGCCAGCUGCUAGGCCCCGGCUGGGCUGGACCUGGGCGCGGGCCUGGUUGGGGCAGGAAGCCGGAAGCAGCCGCGGCCCCAGCUCGGGAGACAUGGCAGGCGUUAAAGCGCUUGUGGCGUUAUCCUUUAGUGGGGCUAUCGGACUGACUUUUCUUAUGCUGGGAUGUGCCUUAGAGGAUUAUGGUGUCUACUGGCCCCUGUUUGUCCUGAUAUUUUAUGCCAUCUCUCCCAUCCCCCAUUUCAUUGCCAAGAGAGCAACCUAUGACUCUGACGCAACAAGCAGUGCCUGUCGGGAACUGGCCUAUUUUUUCACAACUGGAAUUGUUGUCUCUGCCUUUGGAUUUCCUGUUAUUCUUGCUCGAGUGUCUGUGAUCAAAUGGGGAGCUUGCGGCCUUGUGUUGGCAGGCAACGCAGUCAUCUUCCUUACGAUCCAAGGUUUUUUCCUUAUAUUUGGAAGAGGAGAUGAGUUCAGCUGGGAGCAGUGGUAGCACUUUAUUCCUGACAAAAGGCGUUUGAUUUCUUAGACUUCGUACUAUUUGAUAUGUGCACAAGUGGCAUUUUCCUAUGAAUUUUAAUAUGCUGGGAUUUUAAUAUCUAUCUAUCUAUCUAUAUCAUAUUCACUUUAAGAAGAUCACUUGAGAGAAAGAUUAGUUUUUAUGACCAGUAAGUAGAGACCUCUCCAAACCUAAUCGUAUUCUUUGUUUGGCGGCUGUUCUAGUCAGGUGCUCUCAGAAAAUACACUAAGGCAGUCUUGUUGACCAGCUCGCACAAACAGUGCACCUGUGCCUUUUGCCUGGGGGCGUGCUUUGCUGCCCGAGGACACACGGCUGCAGGACUUCUCUCUGCCAUGGAUUCCCAAGACAGGCUGGUUCCGACACACAGACAGAGGGGGCUUCCUCUUUGCGUUGUAGAUAAAUGCGGUCCAUAGAUCAAAAAGCAACCCUGUCUUCUAGGAGAUUUAUUAGAAACACAGAGCCCCGAGACUCGACUCUGGACACAGAGCCCAACGACGACAUCCCAGGCAAGCCGUACGCACAGUGAAGUUGGCAAAAGCUCUGUCCCAGCGGAAAAAGCAUCCCCGCCAGGUCUGCCUCUUGGCCGAACCACCGAACUUCUGCGGGCAUUAGCUGCUCAUCUGUCAACUACUUCAGACUGAUAUUUAGGAAACAUUCAGACGUGCGCUACACGGGCCCCGCAGUCAUACUUGUGAUGUGCUCCUGGUGGGGAAUGGCUCUGUCUUUGCACUGUGGAAGGCAGCAGCUCUUUCCACAAUCCAAAUCUGUCCCCUCUGCCAUGCAGGGGAGGGAGGCCUGAGUGGGGAGAACUAGAUAACGGCCACUGCUGUUUGAUGUCUUCUUGUAUCCUGACAGACUCCUGAGCUGCUGCCCUGGGCUGCCUCCCUCUCCCUUUCUCCACCUCUGUCCAGCAGUUCUGAUGGGGCCUUAAUCGCUAGGGCUCUGACAUCUCCUUUCCGGUAAAGGCUAAGUAAGCAUGUGGUGGUAGAUUGCUUAAUUUUAUUUACAUGUUGAUGUACUUAAUUGCCUUUUAUGCCCUGUAGAAUUUUUUUUAUAUAUAUGUAAACUAUUAUGCCACCUUUAGGUGAGUUAUUUGGAAUAAAUAAUAUAGUGGAUCCUAUGAUCAUGCUUUUUUUUUUUCUAGAUCUUUCUGUCCAGGACCUACUGAGAAAGGGAAAUAGAGCCACUUGCUUAGAAUGUAAGCGAUGAUGUGUGAUAACUGACUUAUGUUCAAAACACCGAAACCUAAACACCUGUCAUCUGAGUAAUGCAGUCCUUUGUAUUCUGAACCAAUACCGGGACCAGGAGAAAAAUGAUAACCCGAGCUGGUAACGUGAAAAGUUAUGUUGUGGCCUUGUGCCUGGUUCUCAGUUUUUAUUGUCCUGUGUACAUACGGAAUUCUUAAAAGUUGUUGUCUCCCAUAUCUAUAUCAGAAAAAAAAAAAUCAUGUAGAAACUUUGUCAUUUCAACUAGCAUUUUAGUAACACUUGCAUGUAUUGUGUUGUAAUAAAUUUCACUUUGAACACAAAAGAAGAA